AUCUGGCAUUCGUCAUUUGCGCAUGCACCCAUGCACAUGGUUUUGCGUUGCGCCGGAGAUUGAAGUUCAUGGAAGAGGUGAUUUUAAAUUAAAUAUUUAAAUCUGAAAUAAACAAAAUGUUUGGCUACUUAGUGUUAGAUGAUGGGACAGUUUAUAAAGGUAGCAUCUUUGGUGCUGAAAAAUCCAUAUCUGGAGAAAUUGUUUUUCAGACUGGUAUGGUGGGCUACCCCGAAUCAUUAACAGAUCCAUCUUACCAUGCACAAAUUUUAGUUCUGACUUAUCCUUUAAUUGGAAAUUAUGGAGUUGGACCUGAUGAAAAGGAUGAACAUGGUAUUUUAAAAUGGUUUGAAUCUGACCGAAUUUGGGCUGCAGGUUUAGUUGUUGGUGAACUGAGUGAUAAAUACAGCCAUUGGAGCUCCUCUAGAUCUCUCUCUGACUGGUUAAAGGCUAGCGGUGUACCAGGAAUCCAAGGCAUUGACACUCGUGAUCUCACCAAGAGAAUUCGAAGCAAGAAAAAUGGCUGUCUUGGGAAGAUUGUUAUUGAAGGGAUACCAUUGACUGAUAUAAAAUUUAUUGAUCCAAAUGUGAGGAAUUUAGUUGCAGAAGUUUCUACAAAGGAUGUCAAAGUCUAUAAUCCUAAGGGGUCACCAAAAAUUCUUUUUGUUGAUUGUGGCAUGAAAAAUAAUCAACUGCGGUGUUUAGUGCAAAGAGGUGCUGCUGUUCAUGUUGUUCCUUGGAAUCAUCCUCUAGAUCUUAAAAAUUUUGACGGAUUAUUCCUAAGUAAUGGGCCAGGAAAUCCAGAUUUAUGCCAGGAAACAAUUAAAAAUAUUCGUAAAUUGCUUCAGCCUGAUGGAAAACCAAUAUUUGGUAUUUGUCUGGGGCAUCAGCUUCUAUCUCUUGCAGCAGGAGCCAAAACUUACAAAAUGGAAUAUGGCAAUCGUGGGCAUAAUCAGCCAUGUAUAUUGUUGGAUACUAAAAGAUGCUGUAUAACUUCUCAGAAUCAUGGAUUUGCUGUUGAUGCAAAGUCACUGCCAAAUGAUUGGCUUCCACUCUUUACAAAUGCAAAUGAUCAUACUAAUGAAGGAAUAUUCCAUUCAUAUUUGCCUUUCUUCAGUGUACAGUUUCAUCCAGAACAUUGUGCAGGACCACAAGAUUUGGAAUUCUUGUUUGAUUUAUUUAUUGAGUUAGUGAAGGAUCAUAAGAAUGAUGUUAUUGGCCCUGUUAUAGAUGAAAGGAUAAAAAUGUAUUAUCAGAAACAAGCUGCCCCAAUAGCAGGAUGUGAAUGCCUUGUUGAUGAACAUGAGCAAGGUGACUUUAACCCAUCGAAAAGAAACAAGGUUAUUAUUCUUGGUUCAGGAGGAUUAUCUAUAGGACAAGCUGGAGAAUUUGAUUAUUCAGGAUCUCAGGCCAUUAAAGCUUUGAAAGAAGAAAAUAUUAUUAGUAUUUUAAUAAAUCCAAAUAUAGCUACUGUGCAAACUUCACCUGGUUUGGCAGACAAAGUUUAUUUUUUACCAAUUACCAGUCAUUAUGUUACAGAGGUUAUUAAAUCUGAGAGACCUGAUGGUAUUCUUUUGACUUUUGGUGGCCAAACAGCAUUAAAUUGUGGCAUUGAACUACAAAAACUUGGAAUACUGCAAAAGUUUAAUGUGAAAGUCUUGGGCACAUCAAUUUCUUCCAUUGUUAAUACUGAGGACAGAAAGUUAUUUAAUGAAGAACUCGUAAAAAUUGGAGAGAAAGUUAUACCUAAUGCUGCAGUGUAUAAUGUAGAAGAGGCUGUUGUUGCUGCUAAAAAAAUUGGUUAUCCUGUUUUAGUUCGAACAGCAUAUGCUCUUGGAGGCCUGGGCUCUGGAUUUGCUCAUACAGAAGAGAAACUUAGGGCUUUAGUUAAUCAAGCUCUGGCUCGUUCCCCUCAAGUACUAAUUGAUAAAUCUUUAAAAGGAUGGAAAGAAGUGGAAUAUGAAGUUGUCAGGGAUGCUUAUGAUAAUUGCAUAACAGUUUGUAACAUGGAAAAUGUUGAUCCUUUGGGAAUUCAUACUGGAGAAUCAAUCGUUGUUGCACCUAGUCAAACUCUAACAAAUCAGGAAUAUAACAAGUUAAGAACUACAGCUAUAAAAGUUGUCAGACAUUUUGGAAUUGUGGGAGAAUGCAAUAUUCAGUAUGCACUGAAUCCAAACCUACAAGAAUACUACAUUGUGGAAGUUAAUGCAAGAUUAUCAAGGAGUUCUGCAUUAGCUAGUAAAGCUACAGGUUAUCCUUUAGCUUUCUUUGCAGCUAAAUUAGCUCUUGGGAAGUCUUUACUCGAAUUAAGAAAUUCAGUCACUACCACCACAGCUUGUUUUGAACCAAGUUUGGAUUACUGUGUUGUAAAAAUUCCAAGAUGGGAUUUAAUGAAGUUUCCACAUGUUAGUACAAAGAUCGGCAGCUCAAUGAAAAGUGUUGGAGAAGUUAUGGCUAUAGGUCGCAAAUUUGAAGAAGCAUUUCAGAAAGCAUUACGAAUGGUGGAAGAGAAUGUUGUAGGAUUUGAUCCAUAUCUCAAAGAAGUAAAUGAUGAAGAAUUGGAAUAUCCAACUGAUAAACGGAUGUUCGUUGUUGCAGCUGCUUUAAAAAAUGGUUAUUCUGUUCAAAAGUUGCGUGAGCUCACUGACAUAGAUUCUUGGUUUUUAUAUAAACUUAAAAAUAUCAUUGACUUUCAAACAUAUUUGGAAGGAUUUAGAUCACAGAUUCAAGUGAAUGACAUAUCUGUUCUUACUAAAGAUAUCAUUCUCAAAGCAAAGCAACUGGGAUUUUCUGAUAAGCAUAUUGCUGCAUGUGUCAAAAGUUCUGAAUAUGUAAUAAGAAAACACAGAGAAUACCUGAACAUAAAACCUAAAGUCAAGCAAAUUGAUACAGUUGCUGCAGAAUGGCCAGCUACAAUGAAUUAUUUGUAUUUAACUUAUAAUGGGGAAUCACAUGACAUCGAAUUUCCUGGAGAUGCUGUCAUGGUAUUAGGUUCUGGAGUUUAUAGAAUUGGCAGUUCUGUGGAAUUUGACUGGUGUGCUGUAAAUUGUGUUGAAGAACUCCGAAAAAUGAAUAAGCAAACCAUCAUGGUAAACUACAAUCCUGAGACUGUUAGUACUGAUUAUGAUAAGUGCGAUCGACUGUAUUUCGAUGAAAUAUCCUUUGAGGUAGUUAUGGAUAUUUACAAUAUUGAAAAUCCUGAGGGUAUUAUAUUAAGUGUGGGUGGUCAGUUACCAAACAACAUUGCUAUGGAUUUAUGGUUGCAUAAAGCAAAGAUCCUUGGAACAUCCCCAGAAUCUAUUGAUGGUGCUGAAAACAGAUUCAAGUUUUCUAGAAUGUUAGACAACAUUGGCAUAUCACAGCCUCAAUGGAAAGAACUUACCACUUUAGAGACUGCUAAAGAAUUUUGUGAACAAGUUGGGUAUCCUUGUUUAGUUCGUCCUUCCUAUGUUUUGAGUGGUGCUGCCAUGAAUGUUGCUUACUCACAUCAGGAUUUGGAAACUUACUUAACUGAAGCUACUGCUGUUGGAACUGUAGUUGUCAUUUCAAAAUUCGUCACUGAUGCAAAAGAAAUUGAUGUGGAUGCUGUUGCAGAUAAUGGUCAAUUAAUCUGCAUGGCUGUAUCAGAACAUGUUGAAAAUGCUGGUGUUCAUUCAGGAGAUGCCACACUUGUUACUCCUCCCCAAGAUCUUAAUGAAGAGACAUUAGAAAAAAUAAGAUGCAUAUGUUUUGCCAUAGGACGAGCUUUAGAAGCAAAUGGUCCUUACAAUAUUCAAUUAAUAGCAAAGGACAAUCAGCUGAAAGUGAUUGAAUGCAAUCUUAGAGUUUCUCGAUCAUUUCCAUUUGUUUCCAAAACUCUGAAUUGUGAUUUCAUAGCUCUUGCAACCCAAGUCAUUAUGGGUUUAAAGCCUGAGCCAGUUUUUGAUUUGUUAGGAGGUAAUCGUGUUGGUGUCAAGGUUCCACAAUUUUCAUUCUCCCGUUUAGAUGGAGCUGAUGUAACUCUCGGGGUUGAAAUGGCCAGUACGGGAGAAGUAGCAUGUUUUGGAGAAAGUGUUUAUGAAGCAUAUUUGAAAUCUCUCAUAAGUACUGGUUUCCGUCUUCCUAAAAAAUCUGUCUUGCUUUCAAUUGGAAGCUACAAGCAUAAAGAAGAACUGCUGCCAUAUGUUCGGAUAUUACAGAAUAUGAACCUUAAAUUAUAUGCAAGCACCGGUACUGCUGACUACUAUUCUACCAAAGGAAUUUCUAUUGAACCUGUGGAUUGGCCAUAUGAUAAUAAGGGAAAAUGUCGUGAUCAGAAUAAAAGUAUUACAGAUUAUCUUGCUGAAAAAGAAUUUGAUAUUGUAAUUAACUUGCCAAUGCACAGUGGUGGAUACACUAGGGCUUCUCACGGAUAUCAAACACGUAGAAUGGCUGUGAACUAUGCUAUACCUUUGAUAACAGAUGUGAAAUGUGCUAAACUUUUGAUUGAGUCCUUGAAUCGAAUUAAAGGCCAACCUCUUAUGAAGCCCUACAUUGAUUGUUUGACAGCUAGUAGAAUGAUAACAUUACCCGGACUUAUAGAUGUUCAUGUUCACGUCAGAGAUCCUGGUGCUACUUAUAAAGAAGACUUUUCUUCAGGUACUGCAGCAGCUUUAGCUGGAGGUGUUACUCUUAUAUGUGCAAUGCCAAAUACUAAUCCUCCAGUUAUUGAUAAAGAUUCAUUUAAUAUUGCUCUCCAGAAAGCCAAAGCUGGUGCAAGAUGCGAUUAUGCUCUGUUUGCGGGUGCAACUUCUAAUAAUGCAGAAAUUUUACAAAGUAUUCAUUCACAAAUUGUGGGGAUCAAGAUGUAUCUCAAUCCAACUUAUGGACCUUUGCAAUUACAUUCUUUGGAAGAAUGGAAGAAGCAUUUUGAACGAUGUCCACCAGAAUUACCAUUAUGUGUACAUGCUGAAGGUCCAACUGCAGCUCAAGCAAUUUUACUUGCUGUGUUCAUGCAUAGAGCAAUACAUAUCUGCCAUGUUUCUACAAAAGAUGAGAUACUUUUAAUAAAAGAUGCAAAAGAAAAAGGUGUAGCUGUUACUUGUGAAGUUUGCCCCCAUCAUUUAUUUUUAUCGAAUGAGGAUUUUGCAACAUUAGGAGAAUUGCAGUUACGAGUGAAACCACCACUUGGAACUGUUGAAGAUCAGAAUGCCUUGUGGGAAAAUAUGAAUGUCAUUGACUGCUUUGCUACGGAUCAUGCUCCUCACACACCUGCUGAAAAGAAUAAAGAAGAUGCACCUCCUGGUUUUCCAGGUUUAGAAACCAUGUUACCUCUUUUGUUAACAGCUGUCAAUGAAGGAAGGCUUACUCUGCAGGACUUAGAAAACAAAUUGUACCAUAAUCCAAGGAAAAUAUUUAAUUUACCAGAGCAAAAAGACACAUAUGUGGAGAUCGAUCUUGAUGAAGAAUGGGUAAUACCAACAGAAACAUCAUUUAGUAAAGCUCGCUGGACACCUUUUGCUGGUCGUAAAGUGAAAGGUCUAGUUAGACGUGUUGUGUUGAGAGGGGAAGUAGCAUUUGUAGAUGGCCAGAUCUUAUCUGAACCUGGCUCUGGACAAAAUAUCAUCAAUUUCCGACCUGAAGUUAUUGAGUCUAAAACUCGUUCUCCACUUCAGAUCCGAAGUACUUCCCCCUUACCUCCUGUGUCUGCAGUUGUAAGUCAGGUUUCUCCCGCUGGAGGUCGAAUAACUCCUGGUCUAAUAGCUUUUCCUUCUGAACAUUAUUCAGGGAUGUCCUUAUCUACUCCAGAUAUGUUUGUCGCUGCAGCUUCAGAAGCUGGAAUACAUUGGUCACCAAAAAAAAGGGCACAACUAACUGGAAAUGCUUUGUCUUUCCAAGCAAGCAUGGAAUCUGUAAAGGGGCCUAAACAAGCAUUAGUUGGUGGUGGUGCACGUAAUGUAGGAACUAAAGUACAUUCCCAUACUAUGCAAGAUAUAAUUAGUGAUGUAUCUAAGCAGUUUGUUAAAGAUGUGGAUGAACCAAUAAUUGUUCCCAAGCAUAAGCCAGUUGAUCCACAUAUAGACUCAAAAGGACCAUUAAUAUAUACUCCUGGAGGUGCAGGAUCUGCAUUUCAAGAAUUUCCGCAAAGAGUUUAUGAGCUGCAAGGAAGGCAUAUUUUAAAAGUGGACAUGUUUUCUCGAUACCAACUACAUAGACUCUUUGAAGUGGCAAAAGUAUACAAGUCUUUGUUGAAAAAAGAAAGUGCCUUAUCUGUAUUGAAGGGCAAAGUGCUGGUAAAUUUGUUUUAUGAAGCAAGUACUCGAACAAGUGUUUCUUUUGCUGUUGCUAUGUUGAAACUUGGUGGUUCUGUUGUACCUGUAAAUGAAUCUUCAUCAUCAGUUAAGAAAGGCGAAACUUUAGAAGACACAGUUUCUAUUCUUUCAAGUUAUGCUGAUGUUGUUGUACUGAGGCAUCCAGAGCCAGGAUCAGCAGAAAGAGCUGCUUCUGUCUCUUCCAAACCUAUUGUAAAUGGUGGUGAUGGUACUGGAGAGCAUCCAACUCAAGCCUUACUGGAUAUCUUUACAAUUAGAGAAGAGCUGGGAUCUGUAAAUAGGCUAACGAUUACCUUUGUUGGUGACCUCAAGCAUGGACGUACUGUACACUCAUUAGCUCGUCUAUUAACUAAUUAUGAUGUUCGUUUACGCUAUGUAUCUCCUCCAGAGUUAAAAAUGCCAAACGCAGUAAAAGAAUUCAUUCAAUCUAAAGGAAUACAUCAGGAAGAGCAUUCUAACGUGGAAGAUAUUCUACCUCAAACUGAUGUUUUAUAUGUAACUCGAAUUCAGAAAGAACGAUUUGCUAAUGAAGCUGAAUACCAGAAGGUUAAAGGACAGUUUAUCAUAACACCUGUUCUGAUGACAAAUGCUAAAAAACGAAUGAUUGUAAUGCAUCCCCUCCCAAGAGUUGAUGAAAUAAGUACUGACUUUGAUACUGAUCCUCGUGCUGUGUAUUUCCGUCAAGCUGCCAAUGGAUUGUAUGUUCGAAUGGCUCUUCUUGCAUCGGUUGUUGGACAGUAAAAUUUUUUGAAUUGAAAGUGGACCAAUUUUUUUUUAAUGGGUGAUGGGCAUUAGUGUUACAACAGUGGUGAAUUUUUGCUAAUAAUGACCAUGUGCAUAUAUAAACUUGCACAAUGUAUAUUUUAGUGCUAUUUUUUAAGUUCAGUUUGGUUGACCAAACUUUCAUUUAUUUACUUAAAAUAUGAAUCCGUGCAUUUUAUUCAAGAUUAAAUAUUCAUUUUGCUGCUUUUAUUAAAAUUUUAAUAUUCAUAUGUUUGACAAGAUAUGAAAGCUAUGUUUUAUCUUGAGUUUUGUAAAGAGAAUUGAUAUAUAAUAAUGAUAAAUAAUAGCAUCAUUUGUUUCUUUAUGUGAUAGAUAUAAAUAUUUGUGCCAAACAUAUUAUUGAAUUUGCAAUUUUUAAUUAACUUACAUUUAUUUUCAAAGUUAUUUUAGCAUGUAAUAUAAACUGUUAUAUUUUAAGUAUGGGAAGGGUUCAUCCAUUCAUUACUCCUGAAUGUGUUCUUAUGUUUGAAGUUAAUGUCCCAAGAAUCUCUUUUUUCAUUAUUGACCUGUUCAGAGAAUAUUUUAUUAUGUUUAUUUACAGUUGAUAGUUUUAAAUCGUUAAUUUUUUAAGUCCUUACUUUUUCCUUUCUUAAAGUUUUAUCCGAAAUAUUUUUUAAAAAAAUGUUAACUUCAAUUUUGUUUGUAUGAAAUUGUUAUAAUUGUAUUAGUGCUUUUUUAAAUCGAUUCUAUAAUAGUUAAAUCAACUAUAUUUUUUUAGAUUGCUGAUUUGUAUUUUUAUAAUUUUAUGACUUGAUGAUAUG